UCAGGGAAGCUCUACUGUCGGCUGGUGCACCUGGAAGGAGAGCAAGUUGCUGUGCAGAUCCAGGACACGCCGGGCUGCGUGCAGGUGCAGGAGGACCCCGUGCAGAUGCUGGAUGCUCUGUCCAGAUGUGCGAGGUGGGCAGAAGGCUUCCUCCUGGUCUACUCCAUCACAGACUACAGUAGCUACGAGUCGAUUCGGCCUCUCUAUCAGCACAUCCGCAAGGUCCACCCGGACACGAGGACUCCCAUCAUUAUAGUGGGAAACAAGGCGGACCUUCUCCAUGCGAGGCAAGUGCAGACAAAAGAUGGACUGCAGCUGGCAAACGAACUGGGCAGCCUGUUUUUAGAAAUCUCCACGAGUGAGAACUCCCACGGUGUCUGCGAUGUUUUCCAGUAUCUUUGCAAGGAAGUCAGCAAAAUACACCACAGCAGCAGCACAGACAAGAGGCGGUCAUCCAUCAUCCCUCGGCCCAAAUCUCCCAACAUGCAAGAUCUAAAAAGACGUUUCAAACAGGCUUUAUCUCCCAAGGUCAAAUAAACCCCACUGCUGAGUUCAAGUGUGACUUAAUAGACUUCUUAUUUUUGUAAACUAGUUAAUAAAAAUAUUUAUUUUUGUACUAA